AAACCAUGACGUCCCAAUUGAUGGCACCAGCGCCACCGAGCCUCCCAACGAAAACACCAUAUUUGUCUAUCGACCCAAAGUGCUAUCGAUUCAAGUGUCACGCAUCUUGGUGGACUCUUGCUUCCCCAUAAUACCCCCUUAUCUCUAUGACUACCCAUUACUGUCAAUCGUUUCCAGCUAUGUGCUGCAUUUAAAAAAACGUCUUUGAUUCCGACACCGAACCCACACACCAUCAUGCUUUCUUCACUUGAUCCAUUGAAGGCGUCUUGCCCGGUGGCCGUCCUGGAUACCGACGAGCUAUCUUUGUCUCCGUACAAGCCCCAGAGCGUCGCCGCCUCCAAGAAGCCAGAGUACACCUCCUUGGUCGACGAGGUCGUCAACUAUGCCAAAGGGAAGGGCGGCAACGAUAACCACGAGGUCAACGCCGUCCUCAAUAGCCUAGCCCUCAGUUCUUAAGGAUAUCCCUGAUGUUGUCUUGGGUCAGGUCUCUACCGAGGUUGGCGCCUGAUUUUCUCCAACAACAAGUCAUCUCUCGACGAAUUCUUACACAUGAUCGAGGUACGCCCCUCUUGUUUGGCCAUUUUGUAGCAAAUUGCUCACAGUCAUGGCUCUGGGCUAAAAGCGGCAUGCCGUAGGAGCGCAUUCUUCCUAAAAGCCGUCUUUUAUCUGAGAGGUAUGGCAGUCGCCGAGAUUCUGCAGCAUACUCACUAGCAAAUCUGGGUGAUCAGCCUACUCCGCUAGUUAUAGUAGUCUACCGGUAAACAUAGAAAAGACAUUCGCUCUG